GCACUAUAAAGUAGUCCUUGACAUUGACAAAGUAAUUAGAGCUGAUAAAUCAUUUAACAAUGAUUGUUUGAGAAUUUUUGUUGGUAACGAUAAGAUUAAAAUAAUCGACAAGCUACUUUAAAGAAUAAAUUUCAAAUAGAAGAUAUAAUUUGCAUAUGUAUAAUACUACAACUGGAAUAGCUUGGCGAAGAGUCCUCUGUAUCAUAUCGUUGACAUCAGUUGUUUCGAUAUGGUUAGGAUGGUAUGUAAUUUACAAAACUCCAUGGCCAAUGUACCUAACAGAUAAGUUUGGUAUCUACCAUCUGGUGCCAGACAUUAGUUGUGCAAAUUGUACGAAAGUGUCAAAUGAUUUUAUGCUACAACCAUCUUCCAAGUUCUGUAAAUCCCCUGGAGAUGUAUUUUUAUUAAUAUUAGUAAUAUCUCAUCACGCAAAUAAAGACGCUAGGGAAGCCAUCCGAAAAUCUUGGGGUAGUGUUAAAGAACACGAAGGUAAGAAAGUAAGGACAAUGUUUGCGUUUGGCGUUCACAAAGACAAAAAUUUUAAUACGCUUGUUGAGAAUGAAGCAAAAAUAUUUGGAGAUGUUUUACAAACGAGAGUAGACGACCAUUACAAAAAGUUAACAGAUAAAAGUAUAUCCUCACUAAAUUGGAUAGACUCUAAAUGCUCUCCUAAAUAUGUUUUGAAAACCGAUGAUGACGCCUAUAACAACCCUUAUCUUUUGGUCGAUUAUUUGAAAGGCAUUCGCGAACCUAACUACAUUGCUGGCUAUUGCUUUACUGUUUGGCCAGAUAGAAGGCAGUCAAGUAAAUUUUUCGUUCCCGAGUAUGUAUAUCCAGAUGCUUAUUAUCCAAUAUACUGCUCUGGUCCAGGAUAUGUAAUCUCUCAAUCUGCUUUACACAAAAUUAUUAAAGCUGUUCGUAAAAUUCGCUACGUCCAUAUGGAAGAUGUAGCUGUAACCGGUCUGGCUCGAAUUAAAGCAGGUCUUCAUUAUCAUCAAUUACCUGGAAUGCUGGAGAACAAACAUAUCAAAGGUUGUGGCUUAGCAACGCGUGUCAUAAAUGCUCAUCACGUCACUCCACCGGAACAGACUAAAAUGUGGAGCACAGUGUUGAAUGCAAUUAAGAGUAAUUGUAUCAUAAAAGGAUCAAAUCAUGGAAUUAUAUUUUGUUUGCUAUUUUUACCCUCUUGGGGCUUCAUCAUCUAUAAAAUGUUGUUUGCAAAGGGUACAACUUUCCUGUGA